UUUUUAGCCCAAAUUUCGAUCCUAGAAACCCUAGCCGGGAUAAUCUAUUUAUUAGAUUUUCUUCCAAACCCUAACCUCAUUUCACUACUCUCUGCCGCCUCCAAGAGAGAGUUCUUACAGCCGUCCAAAUGGGUCGUGUCAUCCGAGCUCAGCGUAAGGGUGCGGGUUCCGUCUUCAAGGCCCACACCCACCACCGCAAGGGUCCCGCCCGUUUUCGCAGCCUCGACUUCGGUGAACGAAACGGCUACCUCAAAGGCGUCGUCACCGAUGUUAUCCACGACCCAGGCCGCGGUGCGCCCUUAGCUCGCGUCGUGUUCCGUCACCCGUUCCGUUACAAGAAGCAGAAGGAACUGUUCGUCGCUGCUGAGGGUAUGUACACCGGACAGUUCGUGUACUGUGGUAAGAAGGCCACCCUUAUGGUCGGAAACGUGUUGCCUCUUAGAUCUAUCCCCGAAGGAGCUGUCGUUUGCAACGUCGAACACCACGUUGGUGAUCGUGGGGUUUUCGCUAGGGCUUCUGGUGAUUAUGCCAUUGUUAUUAGUCACAACCCUGAUAACGACACUACCAGAAUCAAGCUACCAUCCGGUUCAAAGAAGAUUGUUCCAAGUGGUUGCCGCGCCAUGAUUGGGCAGGUUGCUGGUGGUGGUAGGACUGAGAAGCCUCUUCUCAAAGCUGGUAAUGCUUUCCACAAGUUUAGGGUGAAGAGGAAUUGCUGGCCUAAGGUACGUGGUGUGGCUAUGAAUCCAGUUGAGCAUCCCCACGGAGGUGGUAACCAUCAACACAUUGGUCAUGCUAGCACUGUUAGACGUGAUGCUCCUCCUGGGCAAAAGGUUGGUCUUAUUGCUGCAAGGAGGACUGGUAGGCUCAGAGGUCAAGCUGCUGCUACUGCUGCCAAGGCUGAUAAGGCUUAGGGUUAGGGUAAAGGGGUAUUGCUUGAUUUUUGGCCUUUAUAAUUACAUUCAAGGGUAUUGCCUACAUUUAUGGUUUUAGAAAUUUUGUUUGAAUUUUAUGAUAACUGCACUGCUUCGAGUUGUUUGUGGAAUUUAUGUUUUCAGUUUGGUUGCUAUUUACUUGUUUUAUGUCAA